AUGUCAAAAAUUAAACAGUUUUUUAAAAAAAAGAAAGAAGAGGCGGCUUUUAAGUUCAAACUGGGAGAAAGUAGUUUGGGCCAUGGCCAUUCGUUAAAUUCAUCUGACGCUGCUUCAUCUUCACAGAAAAAGGAAAGAAGCUCUGAAAAAUAUGUUCCCCCAAAAAGGAAGGAGUUAAGUAAUGAAGCCCGAUCUGCCGCAGAUGCAGCUUUAUUACGAGUUCAAAAGAAGGACCCAAAAGUGCUUAACACCUCUUUAGCUGCAAUAAAGGCUCAGGCCAAGAGAGAACUAGAGGCCGAAGCUGCCACAAAAAAAGGAGAGGCAAAAUGCGAAAGCGAAUCUAAAUCUGAAAUGAUGUGCGAUGGCGUAUUUUACCGUUGCCCACUUGUAAGCGAUGAAGUUUUGCCGAAGAAAGACUGGAAAAUUAAAAUCAAGGAAUUCUUAUACCAACAAUUAUCUACGAGUGAAGAAAAGGCGUUAACCUCAUGUUUGAUAAUCCUUAAUUGCAAUACAAAGGAUAAGGCCGAUGAUUGUGUUUUGACUUUAACCAAGUAUCUUGAAAACAUUAUUAAUCAUCCCAAUGAAGAAAAAUACUGUUCGAUAAGGAUGUCAAAUCGAAUAUUUUCGGAAAAAGUACGCUACGUCGAUGGUGCAAUUGAUUUUCUUAAUGCUUGUGGUUUUCGUGAAAUAGUAUUAGAUAAUGAACCAUUUCUUAUUUGGUCAAAGGACAAUAUUGAGCAAGAUUAUGAAUUGGCGUCAUUAUUAGAAGCAUUAAAGAAUGCCGAGCAAAUUCACCUAGAAUUGGACAGAAAUUUGAAAGUGUUAUUGCCUUCACAAGUUAAGAAUGUAUCUUUGCCAAAUGACUUCUAUCGUAUUUCACCUGAAGAAAUUAAACGUGAACAGCAACUACGAACAGAAGCUAUAGAAAACACCCAGAUAUUGAAGACGAAAGCAAUGCGAGAAAGGGAGGAGCAUCGAACUCUAAGGAUGUAUAAAUACGCAUUAGUGAGAGUUAAAUUUCCAAAUGGGCUUUACCUCCAAGGUACUUUUAACGUCUAUGAAAAACUUUCCGAUGUUUUCGAAUUUGUCCAGUCUUGUCUUAGCAACGAAUCGAUGGAAUUUAAUUUAGUAGCGUCCAGUGAAGGAAAAUUCGCGGAGGAAGAUUUGGACAAGAGUUUAUUUGAUCUAAGGCUCAUACCAAAUGUUUUACUCCUUUUUACGGUGCCAGAGUUAAAUUCACAAGAUUGCAAUUAUUUGAAAGAAGAUCUUUUGCUGUUGGUCCAAAAUAUGUAAAUGUAGGCUCCUAGUCUUUAGUUGUGCUUUCUUCAUAUAUAUUUCAUUGUUUUUUAUGAUACACAAUAUAAAAAUACUAAGUAUAAA